GCACUGGUGGGUGGCACUGGUGGGCGGCACUGGUGGGUGGGCACAGGUGGGUGGCACACAGGUGGGUGGCACUGCUGGGCACAUGUAGGUGGCACUUCUAGGCACAGGUGGGUGCACUGCUGGGCACAGGUGGGUGCACUGCUGGGGCACGGGUGGGCGGAGCUAGUGGGCGCACUGCUGGGCGGAACUUGCGGGUGGCAAUGCUGGGCACCGAUCAUCAGGGCACUGAUCAUCAGUGCCCUGAUGAUCGGUGCCGAUCCCCGCUCUGACAACUGCCGGUUCUCAGCAGUACUUUCCUCACGAUCUGACAGUGUGAGGAAAGUGCAGCCGAGAACCGGCACUUGC